AGCCCACGACCGUUAGCUGGCUAGCCAGCUAGCUGCGCCACCUGUCAGAUUAAAACGGCGCGAGAAACAACAACAACACCAGAGGAAUCCAGAAGAGGAGUCAACAAACAAACAAGAUGGAGACUCUUUACCACCAGACGAACAGGCAAAUCCAGGAGGUGCAGUCGUACAUGGGAGAUCUGGAGAAGACGGACCGUGAGUCGGUGCACUUGUUAGAGAACGAGCUGCUGGCCAGGAUCGACCAGAUCUUCAACCAAUUAGAACGCCUGGAAAUCCUGUCGGGCAAAGAGCCGCCAAACCGACGGCAGAACGCCAAAGUGCGAGUGGACCAGCUGAAGUACGAUGUCCAACACCUUCGGACCGCUCUGCAGAAUUUCCAGCACCGACGCUACGCCAGAGAGGCCCAGGACCGGGAGAGGGAGGAGCUCAUGAGCCGGACCUUCACCACCAACGACGCCGAUACCUCCAUCCCCAUGGACGAGACCCUGCAGUUAAACUCCAACUUGCAAAACGCGCACAAAGGCAUGGACGACAUCCUGGGCAGCGGCAGCGGCAUCCUCAGCGGCCUGCGCGCCCAGAGAUCUACACUGAAGGGGAGCCACAAGAAGAUGCUGGACGUGGCCAACAUGCUGGGGCUGUCCAACACGGUGAUGAGGCUCGUCGAGAGGCGAGCCACCACGGAUAAGUUGAUCAUGGUGGGCGGCAUGCUGGCCACCUGCGUCUUCAUGUUCCUGGUGGUCCGGUACCUGGGCUGACCUCCGACCUCACGUCCUGGACAUUUCUGCAGCGGCCUUCGUGAUAUGGGAAAAAAAAGUGGCGCCAUUUACAAAUAGUGCCAUUACAGUUUGUUUACCACCAUUUCAAUUAUUCUGGGCACUUUUUUUGUAAAGGGGUUGAUGAAGAUCCUCACGAGUCUGUAUUUUUAUUCCACUUGAAGCUCCGAUAGAGCCGUGAACUCUUCCUCAAGACGACCGCCGCAGAUCCAGAAUCUCGUCUCUCCAAACCACUCUGACUGUAAAUCACUCUCCACCGUUUCUAAAAACAAACUUCAAACUGAUCUUUAUGCUCAGCUUGUGACCAGCGGCCUGUUUUAUGUCUCUGAGUCAUUCUGGUUUGUGCAUAGCAACAGAAAUACUAAAUGCUCCGUUUCAUUUCAACUCAUUUAAUUUAGUCCCCGAAGAAUAGUUUAGUUUGUUCUGAUGCAUCACUUCUGAAUACUUUCUCUUUGGUCUGUCUCACUAUGUGAGUGACUUAACUCUUCUUGAAUAAAACAUGUUUAAUUUCCUCAUCA